UUGAGAUCUCACUGGAUCACAUCAACUAGACAUAGCGGAAAUUCAUUCAGUUCAUGUUCAAAUUCGAAGAGUUUGAGCUUAGAAAGUCACUGAAACGAAGUUCACAGAUUGAAAGUCGUGAUUUAGAAGGACGAUUGAGCGUUUUGUGGUGUUGUGAACGGUGAAUUUCUUUUUGGAUAGUUUUCGGAGUUUCAAUUGAGUUGGGAAAUAUGGGGGUUGACUUGAGGUCUGUCGUGCCAAAGAUGAACCUCUCGUCAGCCUCUGAUUACACUUCGAUUGUGGCAAUUACCUUAUUCGUUGCGCUCCUUUGCGCGUGUAUUGUGAUCGGUCAUUUGUUGGAGGAGAAUCGGUGGAUGAAUGAGUCAAUUACAGCCCUUGCAAUUGGUUUGAGCACUGGAGUUGUGAUUCUAUUAACAAGUGGUGGGACAAGCUCGCAUCUUUUGCUUUUCAGUGAAGAUCUUUUCUUCAUUUAUCUUCUUCCGCCAAUAAUAUUCAAUGCUGGGUUCCAGGUAAAGAAGAAACAGUUCUUUCGCAACUUCAUGACUAUCACACUCUUUGGUGCUGUUGGUACUCUGAUAUCCUUUGUCAUCAUAUCAUUAGGACAUCCCGAACGCGCGGAUAAAUCCCCUACAAACAAUGAUCGCCUGACCAGGGAGGAAAGAGCAGCAGCAGUGAUCGUGAGAGGAAGGAGCAGCAGCGAUCGUGAGAGGAAGGAGCAGCAGUGA